AUGGAGGGUAGGUGGGCCUUGCAGCGUCCAAACGUAUACAAAAAGCUGCCAUCUUUGUGUCUUUUUAUGAUGUUAACCGGUGGAUGCGUGGAAAUUUCUCUAGAAAACGCUGGGUUUUAUUCUAAGACCUCACAAACCACCCUAAACGGAGUCUCUAAUAAGAAAGACGCCACUGAAUUGGUUAAUCUGUACAAGAAAAGGCUCCAACGCAACAAAGGUAAUCGGUUCAUGAUAAACCAACUAGCGGCAUUUAAAAUUAAGUACAAUUCAACGCCAGCACAACUAAUAAUAGAUCACAUUGACUAUUUGAGCGGAGAGCUAAACAGGGUUAAUCAUAUGUUGGACUAUAUUUCAGCGGACAUUAAUCGCCUGUUGAAUUACAGCACUGAAUGCCUAACUGUGCAUACUAAAUAUUCGGUAGAGUUGUGCCAUGUCGCGAUUCUAUUUAGGCAUCUAUCUGUUGUACUAGUUAGGCUGUAUGCUGAUUCCGAGGCACUGGCAAAUAGAAGAGAAAAUAUGAUUGACUCUAUACACUCUCGAAUAGACUAUGAAUUUAAUGCUUUGGAACGGUUGAUGAGAGAUCCCCCAGGGAACAAACUUAAUGGUUUUUACGCCGUUAAUUAG